AUGGAGGUAGCAGGUUGGGAAGACAAGGACGCGCUACUGGACAGCGCGUGGAUGGACGCCGCCACCAAGGACGACGAACCCGAAGACGACGGACCCAACCCUGACGACUUCCGUCGCUCUCGCACGUUUACAUCCUCCAUUCUUUCCCGAAUUACCGCGUCAACACCUGGGAGAGGUGAGUCGAGCAGAGCGACGCCGCGCGGAGCCAGCGACGGCAAGGCGGCGUCUAGCGGCGGCAGCUCCAAGGACGGCCCGAAGCCGCCCAAAUGGCUCAACUUCCGGGGCUCCGCGAGCAAGGGGGCUUCCGACGACAUCAGCAAGGUGGCAGCUACUCCAAGUGCGAAUCGAACCGCAGCCUCGAGAUCUCCCGACGCCAAUUGGUCCGACAAGCAGUCGCUUCCUCCGGCAGACACGUCAGCAGCUGAUGAGCCGUCAAUGGACGAUCUUCGUCGAUCCGUUACCGUGUCCGCCGUUGAUAGAAGCUCGUUGCGCCGGCAGCACAAGGAGAUGGGCACCCUCCGCGCGACUGCCGAGGUUGCGAACAAGAAGGCGAGCGCGCUUGGCGGCAGGAGCGGCGCUUCCGCCGGCGACGCCGGCGGAUUGAAUGCGCCGGGCGCUCAAACCAACCCGGGAAACGCGGGCGGGCUUGCACGGACGCGAUCCGGCGGAAGCGCGACGUCGGUGGUGUCGCGACCUCCUGCUCCCAUGUCGGCCGCUAAAGUCGCCUUCUUCUCGUUUGAUAAACACCGCGAGGCCGUCGCGGGCGCGGAACAAGCGGAGCAGCUGACGCUUUCCGCCGAUGAGCAGAAGGCGCGCGGACAAUCGGGGGAAUCUGUCGCGCGGAAAGGCUAUGGACGGCGGGCGCAGAGCAUUGGCGGAAUGGCAGGGGAGCUGCGCGGAAGAGGGGGGAUUCCGGAUGGCGGGAGGGGCGCAUCGGGAGGCCCGGUGCGGGCCAGCUUGGGAAGGAGUCGCAGUGUGGGCAACGCUCAGAGCGACGCGGGCAGCCAUGGCCUCUCGCCGCUGCACCCAUCCGCCUCUCGCCUCUCCGCCAACUCCGACCGCCCGGCCUCCCCCCAGCUCAUGCGCCGCCCCCGCGGCCACUCCACCUCAAUGCUGCCCCCCACAGUGCGCACCUCGACCCCUCCCCGCGCGCCCGACCCUGGCGACCGCCCAGGCUCGUCCCUUUCCGAACGAGGGAGUGGGCCGACUGGGAGGCGUAAGAGUGGUGUGUCCAGGAGAAAGGAAGGGGGAGGUUCGAUAGGAGGCUCGGAAAGAACGGGUUCGCCCCUUUCACGAGGAGCUUAUAUCGGGUACGCAAGUGAGGAUGCGCCAGGGAAUGCUGGAAGCGCGGGGCUUGUGGGUGGUAACGCGGAAGGCGAAUAUGAGCAGUACCAGCAGCGGGGGAGCAGAGGGCGCGGGAUGGGCGCAGGGAGAGGGGCGCAAGGGGGAAGGCAUGGGCAGCAGAAAUCAAGCAGCAGCAGUGGAGGGGGUGAGGGGGAGGGCGUGCGAGGGGGGACGAGCGGAGGUGGGCGUGUAGAAGGGGGAGCGAGUGCGGGGAGAAUGGGGAGGGGAAGCGUGGCAGUGAGGGGAGUUGCGGGUGGGGGGGUGGCUGCGAGUGGCGGGAGAGGAGGGGCGGGCGGGCAUGUGUACGGGUAUGGCAGAGGCGGGGAGGAUGAGGGGUACGGGGAGGGAGGGGUGUGGGAGGAGGGAUUUGAUAGCGGGGAGGGGGUGGGGGGGCUGAUGGGUGCUGAGGAGCAGCAGCAGCAGCAGUGGCAGGGGCAGGGGCAGCAGCAGUGGCAAGGGCAGCACAUGCAGGCGCAGCAAGGGCAUGCGGAUGGGUAUUCAAGUGGAUACGUGGAUGAUGGAGGGAGGUACUCGGGCGAACAAGGGGAGGAGCAGCAGGGAGACGAUGAUUGGUAUGAGGGAGGGGGAGGGAGGGGUCCUGGGGCGUACGAGCAGCAAGGGGCGUACGAGCAGCAAGGGGCGUACGAGCAGCAAGGGGCGUACGAGGGCGCGUACGAGGAGGGCGUGUAUGGGGGCGAAGAGGGCUAUGAUGAGCAGGCUGGGGGGGCGCAGGGCUAUGGCACGCAGGCGGGGUAUGAAGGCGGGUACGGCGAGGCAGGGGUAUAA